CUGCGCUCCUCCACGGGUAGCCCACGGCUUCUAGGGUAUUAUCGGAGUCGAGCUGGCCCCGCUCUUCAUCCCGGGGAUUGGCUGAUCAUCAGGGAUGGGGCGGAGCAAGACUCUGGAACUCCUUGUUACAAGGGACCGCUUUCCCAGCGGCCUGGCGGACGCAAGUCUAUUGGCUAAUUUGUCAAGAAUGGGCGGGAAUUAUUAGAAAGGCUUACUUGGUGAUUGGUGAAGCUGCUGUAUCAGCUGAGUAGGGUGACAGACGAAGCCAAGGAGUUUACUCGAAAAGUGGAAAAACUCACCAAGAUGCCGGGCUGUGCUGCCUCCUAGCCGCAGCUGUGAGAGUGGAAGAAAAUCAGAUCUCCACCUCAAGACUGCUUGCCCAAUUCACAACACUACUUUGGAUUCCUUGAUGUGGUAGCUCCUAGAUUGAAGGUAUGUUCUUGCCACUAGGGAGCUGUGCUCUUUACUGUUCCUUAUAACCUUUGAUGAGGCCUGAGCAGCCCGGUUUUCCUGCCUAUAUGUCAAAGUUAUGGCCCUGAGACUCUUCCCACCAGGACCCAAUGCUGCUUUCAUUCCUACCUCUUCAACUUGUACCCCCAUCAAGGGUAAAUUUCAACCAUCUCUCUAAUAAAUAACUCACAUCGAUUUCCCAGCUCAGAGGUGAUCCUGCCUCUAUAGCUCUGACUCCUAAACCUCAAAGGUGGUUUUGGAAAAUCAUUUACACAUUUUUGCUGUCGUCCUGAUUGGUGUGUAUAUAAACCCACACCAAGUAGAUCUUUGCAAAGAGAGAGCUCCCUGAGCCACUUGGGGAUCUCAGCCAUAGAUGUUCUCUCCUCCCCACGGCCUGAUUGAACAGAAGUGGAGAAUGAACAUGGAGAAGCUGCCCCUGUGCUUUCUGGUCAUCGUGAGUCUCUCAAAUGCUCUUGCACAGACAGACCUGAGUGGGAAAGCCUUUGUAUUCCCAUUAGAAUCUGAAGAUUCCUAUGUGACUCUGAUACCACUCCUGGAGAAGUCUUUGAAGGCCUUCACCAUGUGCCUGAAAGUCUACACUGAUCUGUCAAGAGCCUGUAGCCUUUUCUCCUAUGCCACUGAGUCAAAUUAUAAUGAGAUCCUCCUGUUUAAGAGAAGGGUUGGGACGUAUGCCUUUCAAGUGGGUGAUAAAGAGGUAGAAUUCAAGGUCCCUGAGACUGUUCCUGCUCCAAUGCACUUCUGUGCCACCUGGGAGUCAGAGUCAGGCAUUGCUGAACUCUGGGUAGAUGGGAAGCCCAUGGUGAGGAAGGCCCUAAAACAAGGAUACUCUGUGGGGGUUAAGUCAAAGAUUAUCCUUGGGCAAGAGCAGGAUUCUUUUGGGGGAGGAUUUCAAAAGACUCAGUCCCUGGUGGGGGACAUUGGAGAUGUGUUCAUGUGGGACUUUGUGUUGUUACCAGGAGAAAUUAAUACUGUGUACCUUGGUGGGACCUUUAGUCCUAAUUUCCUAGACUGGAGGGGGCUGAAAUUUGAGAAAAAGGGCUAUGUGGUCAUUAAGCCUCAGUUGUGGGCGUGAGCCCCUGCUGCUCUCUGAGAUCCCAGGCUUUUCUGAUGACUACUUCUCACCUAAGAAAUUAAACUUCAUUUCCACAUCUUAGACUCUGUUGUUAUUUUUUUCCUGCUUGCAUGGCUGCUUCCUUAUGAUGGAAUCCUAAUAAAGCAGCCCCCUGCCCCGAUAUUCUAAUUUCCUGAGCCCCACUGAAUAGCAGGCAUGCCCUGAUUUGACCACACAAUCUGGCUUCAGCCACAUUACAGGCCCCUAGACUCAGUAUAGCCACUGCCUGUAGCUAGCUUUUGCCCACAGGCUCAGUCUUUUAGCUAGCCACUGUCCCCAGAUCCAAUUCACAUAUGUGAACAGGUAUGUCCUUGUACUCAACCACAAUCACAUCAUCCAUUUAGCCCAAGAGAGAACUACAAUACCUAUCCAUCUUGACCAGAUAGGACCACAGUGGCUUGCCAAUCAGAAAGCAGCAUGACCAAGAUGUUUGACCAUUGAACAAUAGAAGGGAUCCCUUCCCAUUACCCAAUCCCUUAACAAAUCCCUCCUGCCUUCUUAAUAUUCACAGUUUCUGUUGUGUAAUCAGCAUCAUUACAUUAUAAAUUUGCCUGUGUUGUCUUACUAAGUUGCUGGUUCCUCUUGGAACCUAGCCCACCUCUGAGGGGUGUGAAUCCUCAAUAAAUGCCUAUAUUUGAAUUA